AUGGUGAACAAGUUUCUGGAGAGCCCAGAUGCUGCUUCGCAAAAUAUCAAGGACUUCAAAGCGUUAUACGAUCGGAAGCAAGUCUGGAGUGAAGAGAAUGCGUCCAAACUCCCGCCCCCCGGCAAGACAAUUAUGUGGUUCGGCACGCAUCAAGGCACUGCUUUUGACAAAUUGGAAGAUAGAUAUGUGAUGUGGCACAUCAACAAUUAUCACAAAGACGGAGACAGCGCAGACUCAAAUACCCGAAACUUCAAGGAACUAUAUGAUAAACACAAUUCAUGGCUCGUUGCAAAAGGGAUGCGCACGUGGGAAAGUCCAGGAUCAAUUCCGAUUUGGUUUGGGGAGGACAAGGGUAGAGAGUUUCGAACAAUAUAUAAAUCUCAGUCUCAAAAGUGGAGUUGGCUUCUAGAAAAUACCCAAUGGGCCCCGAUACUCAAAGCCAUUGCUCGUGAGUUUGAUGAAUGGUUGCUGAAAAAACCGCUGCGACAACCUUCUUCGCGGAAUAGACCAGCGAUUGUGAAUCCAGUUGGCGAGAGACUAGGGCCAGGUGACGAUAGAGUAACUUCCGAUGAUGAGUCUUAUAUAUCCGAUGAUGGCUUUGUGGUUCCUGAUGAGGAUGAGAGCUCUGAUGAGGAUGAAAGCUCUGAUGAGGACGAAACAGGGGAGUUGGAGACUGACGAGGAAGUCGACGAAUCAACCACAACUGAAGAUUGUGAGGUCGAUAAAAGCACAUCUCCAAAUCUCGAUAGCGGCGAAAGCGAUACGUUAGAAGAAGUGCUAUCAGGAAUACCGAGUGCUUCGAGGUCUUCCAAGCGAAAACCGCAAGAAAUCUCUGAAGAAUUUGCUUCUCUAUCCGACAGUGGUGAUGAGUCGGAAGCAAUCGUCUCUCCCGGUAAACGUAGAAUGACACGUAACCUUUCCAGUGCCCAAAAGAAGGCAGAUUACAUGCCUGAGAGCGAUAGCGACGACUAA